CCGGUGUCUUCAGCUCUCAAGUGUUUGACAUUUCUGCCCGGAAGUCCCGAAUUCCUGCGGAGCUCGUCUUGAAAACCCGGGGCUAAGUGCCAUUUGCUCUCUGGUUGAUCACAACCUCUACUCUUUUCACUUUCACAUUUUGUCGACCUCGGCCCAGAGUCAUUUCAACUCCAGCACAACCUCUCGGGUUGGGCAGCUGCAUCAACGGGCAUGUCGGUAUGAGCACGGCCUAUAGACUCCACGUCAUGUUGCUCGAUCCUCUUGCGUGUCCCUCUCGAGAUGCAAGUGCAUUUGACAUCCUUCAUUCCCUCGAGGAUUGAUUGAAUCAUAUCAUGUUCUCUUAAGAAAUUUGACCAUUGUGGUUGGUUGGCAAGCACUACACAAGUCCUGUGCGCCACAGGAUUUGCUAUCCCAACUUACCCCGCCUCGUUCCUGGCCUCAUAAACACCUACGCAUGAAAGGCACUUUCUUUUGGACAAGACUACCUCUACCAAAACUUUGCUUUCACAGCCUUGAUCGGACGGCAGGCCAAAUUAUUCUCUGGGGUAUUACUGAAAGCGUCAAGCGUGAUUUGCAACCUGCACGACCAAGCGUGUCUGCUAGCCGGUAUAUCAGAACUGACUCCCACGCAUGACCUUUAUUCUUGAACUAUCGCAUUUUCAUUUCAUCGUUUGUUGAUAGACCGGACUAGUCACGCAUGACUUGUCGAUCACCUCACAGGUAUAUUAUAUCUCGGCCCAAGGGCCUGCACUCGCAGUCUGGCGUCGGAAACGGUUCCCUCCCAACAACCAGCAUCCAAGAUGGGUCUCCGCCAAGAUACACUGAGGCGCCUGCUGCUGGCAUCGGUCAUCAUUCCGCUGAGCCUGGCUCUUAUGCUUGAUACCCAUGUAAACCGCAGGCAAGACAGUGACGAAAACAGCUGGCAAAAGUUUGUGCGAGCUUCUCCAACCACAGUUAUUACACCAAAGGACGUUGUAAGCCGGCGAAUUCAAGGAAAUGUGACCAACCCCAAUGGGCUGAUCAAGGGUGACGCUCCCACAGUGCUCACCCGGACACAAGCUUCCAACAACAAGACGUCUAUCAUUGUCGACUUUGGUCAAAAUACCGUGGGCUUGUUGUCCAUACAGUUUGCUGGCGCAUCUGCCACUGCUUCGAACCGAAACGCCCUUCCUGGUCUGAAACUGGCAUUCUCCGAGACGCUAGAGUUUUUGGGUGAAAGAAGUGACUUUACCCGGUCUGACCAUGCGAGUGGCGAUGCAAAACUCACCAACGGCACUGACCAGAUCGCCGUCAAGCAGCAGCCGUACGAGUGGUUGGCGCAGUCUGGAUGCGAACACGGCAGGCAGGUAUGCGGUGAUGGUCUCCAUGGCUUCCGAUACGUCAAGAUAACGCUGGAAGCACUUGAAAGUGACUCGCCAUACACCACUUCCUAUGGCACAGUUUCCAUCUCGUCCGUCAAGCUGCACCUAUCUGCUUUUCACGGCACGCCGGAUACGUUCACGGGUAAUUUUGAGUGCUCAGACAAAAGCAUUACCCAGUGGUGGUACGACGCUGUUUAUACAAAUGACCUCUGCAUUGACACCUUCCGUCUAAACGAUACGGAGCCUCGAGAUGCCGGCAGCCCGACGUUGGUUGGCAAGCUUGUGCUACACGACGGGCCUAAACGUGAUCGAGAUCCAUACGUGGGAGAUUUAGCUGUCGCUGCGCUCACUGCGUACAUUUCUCAUGAUGUCGCCUCAUCCGCCAAGAAUGUUCUGGCCGAUCUUGCAGCGCACCAACGAAACGACGGCUGGAUUCCUCCGGCCAGCAUUGGAAACUACAAUCUACAACUUUUCGACUAUCCACUAUGGUGGGUAGUAUGUAGUUGCGACUAUGCAGUCUAUACUGGCGAUCUUGAUUACCUCAGGUCGGUAUGGCCCAACUUGGUUAAAGUCCUCGAUAACUUCUACCCCAGUGUCACGAACUCAGACACAAACCUAGUCGAGCGAAGGGGCUACGGAGACUACGCCUUCGUACCUCGCGAAGGUCCCGUGACUUAUUACAACGCUCUAUACGUCCGCGCUCUCAAAUACGCCGCAGACCUUGCGGAGCAGAUUGGACAAGACCAGGACGCUCCACGCUGGCGCAACAGGGCGACAGUGACUGGAGCAUCCCUACUGAGACGCAACUGGGACUCUAGCGUCGGGGCGUUCUUUGAUGGCGGCAGAUGUGGAUCAUCUCAGCUGUGUCCAUCUCACUCGCAGGAUGGCAACAGUCUCGCAAUCCUGUCUGGGAUAGCGAACACCACUACCGACUCAGGGAACUCGCGUAGCAGCGUUGCUGAGUCAAUCCUGUCCUAUCUCGAUAGCUCGCUGAAGAGGCCCUGGGGCAACGCCUUUUAUGACAACGACCAGGUCAGCGACGGCUACUCGCAGCGAGUCUAUGCCUUCAUUUCCUACUUUGAGAUUGCCGCGAGGUUGGAGGUUCCUUCCACUCAGGAAUCCGCAUUCGACGAGAUCCACAGACUGUACGGAACAAUGUCGGCCGGUGACCCAGGCGUGACGUUCUGGGAGGGCACUGGUCCCGGCGGCACCCCGUACCAGGGCGGCUUCACUUCCAUGUCACAUGGAUGGUCCACGGGCAUCGUGCCACUAAUGACCAACUACGUGCUUGGGAUCACGGCCAAGAAGGUCGGUUUUGAGCAGUGGGAGGUCAAACCUGUCGUUGCGGGAGAGUUGACGUGGGCCCGGGGCGCCAUGCCGACGCCACGUGGCGCUAUUCGGGUCUCUUGGACGGCUGGUCAGAACGGGGCCGCGUUUGAGCUUGACGUGGAUGCGCCCGAUGGAACUAGCGGUGCCAUCAGCGUUCCCGUGUCGAACAAGGAAGCCCGUGUAAGCAUGGGUGGGGUUGUAAUCUACGACGGAGCAGCAGGAACCGCGCAAAGCGGAGCCACCUUCCAAGACGGGCGAGUGUCUGUCAAUGUUGGCGCCGGCAAGCAUCAACUGAGCGUGGCUAAAGCAACGUGAGUGAGAAGUAUCUAAUCCUGGAAGUCAUGAGAAAGUAUCGACACUGCGUUCUGCGCCUUGGAAGGUCAUGGCCCAUGGUGCUUGUUGCGUCAUCGGGAGAGCUUUUACUUCUAACUCUAGUAUCAUACUGAAUAUUAAUAUGGAGCACAACUAUUAAGUUAGCAGUUCAACACUUAUGC